GCGGAGCAGUGCACGCCGGGAGUUGUAGUUUUCGGGAGAGGCAGGUGACAUCCCCCGAGAGAGCUCGGGCUUCACCUGGAUGGCGGCUGCGACGCGCGACUGCUGGCCCUGGGGCUCUUUCCUCGGGCUGCUCGGGUUGGUCUCAGCCGCGGCCGCCGCCUGGGACCUGGCUUCGCUGCGCUGCAACUUCGGCGACUUCUGCGAGUGCGACUUCCGGCCCGACUUCCAGGGUCUGGAGUGUGAUCUGGCCCAGCACCUGGCCGGUCAGCACCUAGCCAAGGCGCUGGUGGUGAAGGCGCUGAAGGCCUUCGUGCAUGACCCGGCCCCCAAAAAGCCGCUGGUCCUCUCCCUGCAUGGCUGGACAGGCACCGGCAAGUCCUAUGUCAGCUCCUUGCUGGCACACUACCUCUUCCGGGGUGGCCUACGAAGCCCCCAUGUGCACCAUUUUUCCCCCGUCAUCCACUUCCCCCACCCCAGCCACAUCGAGCGCUAUAAGAAGGAUCUUAAGAGCUGGAUCCAGGGGAACCUCACUGCCUGCAGUCGCUCUCUCUUCCUCUUCGAUGAGAUGGACAAGUUGCCUCCAGGCCUAAUGGAGGUCCUGCGACCUUUCCUAGGCUCCUCCUGGGUCGUGUAUGGGACCAACUAUCGCAAAGCCAUCUUCAUCUUCAUCAGCAACACUGGUGGCGAACAGAUCAACCAGGUAGUGCUGGAGGCAUGGCGCAGCCGCCGGGACCGUGAGGAGAUUCGCCUGCAGGAGCUGGAGCCGGCCAUCUCCCGGGCUGUCCUGGACAACCCACAGCAUGGCUUCUGGCGCUCAGGCAUCGUGGAGGAGCACCUCUUGGAUGCCGUGGUGCCCUUCCUCCCACUCCAGCGGCACCAUGUGCGGCACUGCGUACUCAAUGAGCUGGCCCAGCUGGGCCUGGAGCCAAGGGAUGAGGUUGUCCAGGCUAUGCUGGAAAGCACCACCUUCUUCCCUGAGGACGAGCAGCUCUUCUCCUCCAAUGGCUGCAAGACCGUGGCCUCUAGAAUCGCCUUCUUCCUCUGACUCAGGGUGGCAUCUUUGCUCUCCCCCACCCAGCCAGACCAUCUAGGAAAGCCCUGGGGCCUCUGGCAGAAGGACCUUUGUCCCAAGCCUCCUGGAGAGUGGGACCCAAAGCACAGAAGAGUGAAGA